CAGAUGCAGUGGCGUAAUAGUGUAUAUACGGUAACAAAUCUUCGAGGAAGAUCAUUGCCGCCUCAAAAGGACUCUACCCCAUGUAUCAAGCGUGUUGCGAGUGGCGGGCACGGGUUAUUCAUAUGGAGGGUUCUUGCUACAAACCCAGUAUUCAAGGCAGGAGCGAGAUAAUGCCUAAACUGGCUCUGGGUACCACCCAGCCUCCUAUUCAAUGGAUAUCAGGUGCUCUUUUUCACUUCAAUCCAGUGGCGAGGUCAACAGGACAGGAACUACCUCCUUACUCCCAUAUGUCUUCGUGGCACGAUGUUUGCCAGCGCCCUGCUCAACUCAGAGAUGGAGGCGCGUGUACUCAAGACGGGGACCCUCGUGGCGUUGCUGCUGGUCGGGUGUUGGGCCCUCGACGGACAUCACGGCCAUGAGACAACCCCGCAUUACAGCAAUGAGUGGUUGGUGCGCCUGGAGGGAGGCCCAGAUGUAGCGGAACUUUUAGCGCUGGAAUUGGGAUACGUCUUCCUGGGGUCGGUGAUGGGAUUUCCGGACACAUACAGAAUGCUGAAGUCAGAUCACCCUUCUCUUCACAAGAGGGCUUUUCCGCGGCUAACACAGCGACUGGUCAGGGAUGCGAGGGUGGUGUGGGCAGAACAGCAAUUUGUGAAGCUGCGAGCAAAGCGGGAUUUCAUCCCGCCGCUAGAUGACUCUGGCGUUCAGACGCCGGCCGUCCGACGCAAGAGAGCAGAUCUCGAAGUACCAACCCAGAGGGUAGAAAGGCUCUUCAAUGACGAACUCUGGGACCAGGAGUGGUACCUUCAAGAUACUCGCACGAGACCAGAUCUACCCAAAUUGGAUCUGCACGUGUUACCGCUCUACAAAAUGGGUAUCACGGGCCGCGGUGUGAGGGUCGCCGUUCUGGACGAUGGUAUCGAGUACACACACGACGAUCUACAGGGAAACUACGAUUCUGAAAUAAGUUAUGAUGUUAACGAUGGCGACAGUGAUCCGACCCCGAGGUACGACGAAGCACUGACCAAUGCCCACGGCACUCGAUGUGCAGGGGAGAUCGCAAUGUCUGCUAACAAUCGCAAGUGUGGAGUCGGCGUGGCUUUUAACGCUAAAAUAGGAGGUAUUCGUCUUCUGGAUGGGAUGGUUAACGAUCGUGUAGAAGGCACAGCCCUGGGACACGCGUACGAUAAAGUUGACAUUUACAGCGCUUCCUGGGGCCCCAAUGACGACGGAAAAACAGUUGAAGGCCCUGGUCGUCUUGCCCAGGAAGCCAUCGAGCGUGGCAUCCAACAGGGUCGCGGGGGAAAGGGCUGCGUCUUCGUGUGGGCGUCUGGCAAUGGUGGCAGUAAGGGCGACAACUGUAAUUGUGACGGGUACAUCGGGAGCGUCUACACUCUGUCCAUCGGCAGCGCGUCACAGCAAGGCCAGUUCCCGUGGUACGGAGAACGCUGUGCCUCUACGAUGGCAGCAACGUACUCCAGCGGGGCGUACUCCGACCAGAUGAUCGCAACGACGGAUCUGAGAAACACGUGCACCAUUAAACACACUGGAACUUCUGCGUCCGCCCCCCUAGCUGCGGGGAUUAUCGCCCUCGCUCUGGAAGUGAACCCGGAGCUGACCUGGAGAGACGUACAGCACCUGGUCAUGUGGACGGCCGAGUACGCACCCCUGAGCGACAACUCCGGGUGGCAGCGUAAUGCGGCAGGUGCCUGGAUAAACACACGAUUCGGUUUCGGACUAAUGAAUGCUCAUGGUCUGGUUACUGUAGCCGCAAAUUGGACCACUGUCCCUCCAAAAACCAUCUGCACGGUAUCGGCAGAACCUCUGAAGAACGCGACAAUUGUACACGGAGUGAAGUCAGAAGUUGUGUUCAACACAGACGGAUGUGCGGGGACUGGGAAGGAAAUAAAGUUUCUGGAGCACGUGGAGGUCGUGACGAACGUCGCGUAUACUUUGCGCGGGGCCUUGGAGAUGCAGUUAACUUCUCCUGCAGGAACCGGAAUACAGCUGCUUAGCCCAAGGCAGCGCGACCAAUCAGACAAAGGUUUCGAGGACUGGAAGUUCAUGUCAGUUCUCUCUUGGGGUGAGCAACCGAGCGGUACGUGGAUUCUUGACAUCAUCGACGAGGUUGGUCCAGAAAGUAACCGAGGGACUCUGGCUUCGUUCACGCUCAUUCUGCACGGCACGAAGGCACGACCUGCUUAUCUGGACAACGGUCCUCGUCGAUACAACCAAGAUUAUAACAGGGUGCAUAAGAAGGUAAGCGUCUUUAAAAUUCUUGUUUUCAGGGAUCAAUUUCCAGCGUUUUGCCUGCGAGUAUGAUGGACAACGCAGAAA